AAUUGUCACAUAUAUUUGUUUACAAAACACGUGCUUUCUAUAUAUCUGCUACGAGUGAAGCUUUGGCAUAAAACGGACAUACAUUGUUGUAAAUAUGCAGAAAAUGGAACCAGAGAAAGUGUCUGCUGCAGUGGAGGAAUCCUCGGCAAGCGAACCGGUCCUUGAGCAAGAUGUGAAAUGUGAAUUGAAAGGCGAAGAAUACGCGUACCUCGAUGCUACCGGCUUCACAUCCGAGUUGUUCAAAAUCGAACUUCGAGGGCUCCCCAAAUACUAUGGCAUAGGGGAACUUAAAAAAUUGCUGAACGUGAAGAUGAAGCUAUCUAUGAACAAAAUAAAAAUUAUGAAGCCCGGCAGUCCCUUCAUAUUCAUUUGCUUUCGCAACCAAGAGGAUCGUGAAGCGGCAAUUAAAUCGCUUGAUGGUUACAAAUGGAAAGGCAGGGAAUUGUCAGCUUUCGAAGCUAAACCUGCUCCGGAUCCUUUGGUACGUCGACGCAAGGAAGCAUCCUCAACUGAAGGAGAGCCAUUAAACAUAAAGCGACGCACUGUCGAAGCAUCGUCAACGUCGCUCGCAUACCUGCCUUACGAGCAGCAGCUGAAGCAAAAGCAAUCGGAAAUGGAAAACGUACUUCAAAAGUUUGGAAAUGAACUAUGGUCGUCCAUUCCGACGCUACGACCGUAUGUGGAAAGGCAACGCCAAGAGCACGGCGGUCUACCUUGCGCUUUGGAGUCGAUUCGACCGUCUCCUAUCCAAGAUGGAUAUCGUAACAAAUGCGAGUUUUCUAUCGGAAAGGAUGCACAAGGUGUAAAGCGCGUAGGAUUUCGGGUUGGAAGCUAUUCUAAUGGCUUUCUCGAGGUUGAAUCAAUAGCGCAUCUCAAGCACAUCCCGAGCACGAUGAAGCAAAUAGUAGCGCUCUUUGAAGAAUACGUGCAACGUUCACCGUUCGAAGUUUACAGCGCCGAAACAUAUCAGGGCUUCUUUCGUCAAAUGACAGUGCGAAUGUCGUAUGCAACCGGUCAGGCGAUGGUGAUCGUAGGCGUGCAUCUCCAGUCACUAUCCGUAGACGAGCAAAAGAUAAUGAAAGAGGCCAUCGUCGAUUGCUUAACAUCGGAAGCCGGUAAAAAGGCAGGUAUUUGUUCUAUCUACUUUGAAGUGAUUCAAAAACGGCAGCAAGGCCAAUACACCAAUCCAAUGGAACAUUUGUAUGGAGAUACACACAUUGAGGACAAAAUAUUAGGUCUCACAUUUCGCAUCAGCCCAGGAGCAUUUUUCCAAAUCAACACUCCUGCAGCCGAGCUGCUCUAUCAGUGCGCCAUCGAUGUUGCUGCACCCGAUAAAAACACAAGUAUUUUGGACAUUUGUUGCGGAACGGGUUCAAUCGGCUUAUGCUUCGCGAGUCACUGCAAGCAAGUGUUUGGUGUCGACAUUGUUGAGCAAGCUAUUAAAGAUGCGGAGUACAACGCUCAAAGGAACGGAGUGAAGAAUUGUAAAUUUUUCGCCGGAAACUCUGAUGACCUUAUAGUGUCAUUGCUUAGACAAGCAAACGUUAUCCCGGAACAGCAGGAAUCACUGACAGCAAUUGUCGACCCACCGAGAGCUGGCUUACAUAUUCGCUCGAUUACGCAGCUGAGAAACGCACGAGGUUUAAAUAAACUGGUAUACGUGUCAUGCUCACCGCAAAGUGCUAUCAAAAAUUGGAUCGAUUUAAUGCGUCCUUGCUCCAAGCAGCUGCGUGGAGAACCAUUCAUUGCGCAGAAAGCUAUCGCAGUGGAUUUAUUUCCGCAUACUCCUCACACGGAAUUGGUUAUACUAUUUGAACGUGAGCCAGAACCUAAUCCAGAUCCCGUCGCUGAACAAGCUAAGAAUGACGAACAAGAAAGUGGAAAAGAAAAAGGAGAGAUGAUGGGAAAUACUUAAGUAGGAAGGAUAUGAAUAACCUUUCGGCGAUUUCAUGGAACAUAUAAAUAUCCUUCGGUUAAUGGCAAAUAUAUGCUUGUGUUUGCAAUCCAGUGACGUACGUUGAUGACGUA